GCAGCCGGGGGAGGUGGAGCCGCUUUAUCGGGAGCCGAAGUGGAAAUUUCCCCCUCAGUUGCCGGCUCCGCGGCGGAGGAGACAGCAGCGAGAGCAGCUCGCCCUCGUCGCCCCGUGUCGCGCCGCGUCCUGCCCGCUGUCAUGUCCAACUACAUCCACGUCCCGCCUGGCUCGCCGGAGGUGCCCAAACUGGACAUCACCGUCAGCGAGCGGGAGGGGCCCGGGUACCGCCARGGCGCCCUGCAGCUCCUGCGCCGGCUGCGCCCGCACUGGAGACCCGAGGAGGUGACGCUGCAGCUCUUCACAGAUGGAAUCACCAAUAAAUUAAUCGGCUGCUACGUGGGUGACAUAACAGAUGAUGUGGUUCUAGUUCGGAUCUACGGGAACAAGACGGAGCUKCUGGUGGAUCGGGACGAGGAGGUGAAGAGUUUCCGUGUGCUGCAGGCCCAUGGCUGUGCCCCUCAGCUCUACUGUACCUUCAACAAUGGCCUGUGCUAYGAGUUCAUGCAGGGAGAAGCUCUGGAUCCAGAGCAUGUAUGCAAUCCCGAUAUUUUCAGACUCAUUGCCAGACAGCUUGCUAAAAUCCAUGCUAUUCAUGCACACAAUGGGUGGAUCCCAAAAUCCAAUCUAUGGCUGAAGAUGGGGAAAUACUUCUCCCUCAUACCCACAGAAUUUGCAGAUGAGGAAGUAAAUAAAAGGUUUUUAAGUGAUAUUCCAAGUCCUCAAGUUCUUCAGGAAGAGAUGGCCUGGAUGAAGGAAAGACUGUCAAAUUUAGGAUCACCAGUGGUGCUCUGUCACAACGACCUGUUGUGUAAGAAUAUUAUUUACAACAAGAAACGAGGUGAUGUGCAGUUCAUAGACUAUGAGUACUCUGGGUACAACUAUCUGGCUUAUGACAUUGGAAAUCACUUCAAUGAAUUUGCAGGAGUAAAUGAGGUAGACUACAGCCUUUAUCCUAACAGGAAAUUACAGGAACAAUGGCUGAGAUCUUACCUUGAGGCCUACAAAGAAUAUAAAGGAUUUGGCACAGAAGUCAGUGACAAAGAAGUCGAAGUUCUGUAUGUCCAAGUCAAUCAGUUUGCACUGGCUUCCCACUUCUUUUGGGGAUUGUGGGCUCUAAUUCAAGCCAAAUAUUCCACCAUUGACUUUGAUUUUCUACGGUAUGCAAUUGUUCGGUUUAACCAAUAUUUCAAAAUGAAACUGGAGGUCAUGACGUUAACUCUUCCUGAGUAACGAAGAGGAGGACUCUUACCAAGUGGAUAGACAACCCCUGAAUCUUUUCUGAGAACAGAUACUGGAAAAAAAAAAGCUAAACAUUUGUUGAAGUGCUGUAAUGCUCACUUGGUGGUUCUUGCUUUAUAAAUAAUGCCUCUAAACAGUCCUUCAAUGUUAAAUUUAAUAUGAAGAGCAUACAUACUGCUGUUGAUAAAAAACGGAUUAGAAACUUGCUAAAUCUAUAAAAAGUUGUAGACAUGGCAAUUUAAUCCUUCUUUGUAAUUUAACAUAUGUUGUAUGUGAAUUAUUUAUUAUAAGUUUAACAUGAUUCCAUUGCUGCUUUCAUCAGUUUCUGUUAAAGUUGGGUGCGGAUAGUGAAGUUGUUCCAAAGGAUUCRUUUAACAACUUACUUUAUUGAAGUUGCAUUAUCUGAUACUAAAGAAGACAUGUCAGAGACAAUUAUUCUUUUAGAUGCCUACGAGCAAAAGGAGUGACAAUAGAYGUGAGAGAUCUCUAGGGUGAUUUAAUUAGGGAGAAGGGUUAGGAUGAUCUUUAUUUUUUCCUUUUUUUGUUUUUUUGAAGGUAGCUUUCCAUACSGUGGUACUUUAUCUUUUGCACAAAAAUCAAGCAGCUUGCUGAAAUGGUAAAUAACAUUUUGAUUUUUUUUUCCUUCUCGAUUGAACUGUAGAAAUAUUCAAGUUCUGUGGCUGCAAGAUUCUCUGAGGAUAUUGUACCAAUCACUGGUGUUAGGUGGACAACCUGCCAUCCCUAGCUUCUGUGGGAAAGCURCUUGUUUAUUAAGUGUAUUCUUAAAAUCAAAAGACCACUAUUCCAUAUCUCUCUUGCUUUUUGAAGCUUGRUUCUAAAUUUGAACUACUCUCUGUCUGUAUCUGUUGUGCUCCAGUGGCAGGAUGGACUGUUGGACUGGAGGUAGGAGAGCAGAGAUCCUGUUGCACUGGGGAGCAGACACAGGUUUACAGUUCCUGUAUUGAUGACAACUUUCUGCUUUGUCAUCUUCUAACCUAAGUCUUAAAUGCCUGGUCCUGUAGUUGUGCAGAUUCUGGUGUGUCUGGCAGGUUUGGUUUUUUUUUUUUUUGGCAAAUUGCUUUUCAAAGCCUCCGAUCUGAAGGACAGUAUGGAAAAGUGUCUGCCUUGAGCAGUGGGGCUUUGAUCAUCACACACACUUUAUUUCUUAAAGCUAUUAUACCAAGAAUGGUCUGAAUUACAAAAUGUGAACUGAAAAACAAAAUGUUUACUUAAUGGAACAAUGUAUAAGUUUGUGUGGAAAAGAGGCUUUAACUCUGAAGGGGGGUGGGGGUGGGAUUUGGGGACAGGAGAGGACAAGGAAGCCACAGCAGAAAACUCAAGCCCAACAAUGCAGUUUGGGGCUAGGCAGGCAUGAACUCGACUCUGAUGAUACUCUGAAAAACUUUGCACUUUGGUCACAUAAGUGCCCACAUGUACAAAGUCUGUGCGUGUGCAUGAACACGUGCAAACACAAACUUACCUGAGGAGUAAAUAUUGUGGGGAGUCUGUUGUGCAGRCUCCAGCAAAGAUAUUUAUUCAAAAUUGCUUUAUGGCACAUGGCUGUGUGUGUAUGUGUGUAGAGUGUGUACACACGUACAUACAUGUGUGCUUUACAAAAGCUUGGMGUGAUUCAGGACAAAGAAAAUUCAUGUGAAUGAAAAAUCUUCACCAUUAAAGAUCGUUUCCAAUGGCAUUCUGUUGCUUUACAAAAGCACGGUUUAGGAUUUGKUUUUCCUCUUGUUUAUAUUAAUUUCUAGAUAUUUCCAUUUUAUUUUUACUCAGUCGAAACCUUAAAAAUCUUUAUACAAAUGGGAGAACUGGGAUUUUUUUGUAACUUGAAAUGAGAUAACCGUUUUUAUUAGCUGGAGGCUACUAUACUGGACAAACUUUCUUUGAUUUGAAACAAAUAGCUAAAAUAGACAUUUAUAAUUUACUUUGUAGCAGUUAUCAAGGAUGUUGCUAGAGCUCAUGAAGGCACUGAAGACCUUAAUCUUCUGUACUUUCUCCCCCUAUGGACUUCAUUGAUAUGUGAUGAAUAAUAUGCUGCUGUCUUGUAUUUCCUUUAAGUUCAGCAAGAUGUGCUUGGAACUGAGACCGCUAAAGAUUUUUGAACUCUUUGUUACUGUUUUCUUCAAGCAGUGGCUUUAUUUCUGACAGCGUUGCUUUGUAUUUGUCAAAUAUUUUGAAAGAAGGCUGUGAAGUUCAUUUGGUCUUGGGAAAUCCAACUCUUGACAGAUCCUAAGUUUCCCAAUGGCUGGCUAAACACAUUCCCUUUUCAGGUACCAGUGCUACUUAGGUUUGGAUUUACUGUAAUUUUUGUCAGUAGUAUUUUUGUUUGUAUAGCUCAAGUAGCAAUAACUGCAGGAGUGGAAAUUUGCUUCCGCAGAACCAAAGCUUUUCCUGAGUGCAGCUCAAUCUCAUCCUUGUGGAGUGAAUCCCGUAAAAGCACUUUGAAGCAGGUAGUAAGUACUCCAAGCUUUUCCUGAGCCACUUUGAAGGAGCACAAGGACUGUCACAGGUUACAGUGGUUGACUUUGCAGUACUGGUCAAGGCUUUCAUUUUGCACGCUGGAAUUCGCUUCGCGCUCUUCAACACUGCUCUGCAUCAGCUUUCUCUCGAGACAAGUGCAGGUUCAACCYAUUUGUGAUCAGCUCUGAGGAAAUACUGUAAAACAUCUCCCAAAAUGAAAUGCCAGUUACCUUGAGCCUUGUUCCACAUCCAUUUGAGCCAGUAGCACUCRGAUAUCCUCGUUUCCUGAGGAAUAUCUACAGAUGCAUUCAGUUGGAAGUAGUAGUUGGCAUUGCAUUGAAGAUAAGGUAGCUUGAAACUGUGAAUACAGGACAUUCUGAAUGUAAGUUAGGUACUAGAGAACAUGUACUUGUUUCACUUAAUUUGUCUCAGUCUCUUUWCUAGCAACAUGAAGAUAUUUGAAGGAGGACAAAAAAAAAUGACUGAGCUCUAGAAACAUCCUGUAGUUGUUCUGACUGUGACUUGCCAAGAAGAUACUCUGUUGCCUUUAUGUUAAGCUAAGGGCAUGAAUGCCAAAAUUAAUAAUUCUUGAAUCUGUAGUUAAAGCUAUAUUGUAAAUAUAAAGAGGAUUAUUAGUCUGGGCAUUCUUGCAGAAAUAGCAUCAAGUCAAUAGACCGUAGUGGCCUGGUUGCUUUUGUAAAGCAGAAUAGUGUGAUUUUUUUUCUUCUCAUUUCUGCAGUCGGAUCUGGCUAAUCCAGGUCUAAUUUCUUAGGUCAUACAAGCACUAGAGAUUUCUGAAUGGUCACUAAUCUCUUGUUACGUAAUUUUARAUACCUUCAUUGACACGUGUUGAUGUGCUUUUUAAAAGGAUGUACCAAAUUUGCAUUAACCAGGUCUGACUGUACAUGUAUAUACAACAGUGUAAAUAACCAUUUGUAAAUUAGUGUGAAUUGUACUGUAUCUUGCAUUUAUGGACUUGUGUAUUGCAUUGUAUUCUCUCCUAUUUUGUAGAAAUUUUGAUGUAAAGAAGGAAUCUAACUCUGUGUGCAGACAUCUUUUGUUAAAUUGACUUAUAACGGAGCAUAAUACUUUUAUGUUAAGGUAUCCAUUUAUAGCCUUGGACACACAGUGUCUUUUUCCCCCCAUUAGUUGUUUUGAAAUCUUGCUCUUGAGAAUGAUUCUGGGAAUAAAGGAAUUUAUACAGUACUUAGAUUAAGAGAAAAUCUGUUCUAAUACCAUGUGUCAGAGGUACAUGCAGUGCCUGUGGGAUAGGGAAAUUGUUUAUUUAAACUUCCAAAAAUUUCCUAUACAUUCUUGAAUGCUGGUGAGUUCCAAACUAAGGGUGUUGGGUUGAUGCACUCCUGAAGUGUGUGCUCUCAUGGGAGCACCGAUUGAAAUAGUUGUGAGCGGAGUCCCUCAAAUGCUUUUGGUGGACACAGCCUUAUAGUAGGGUUAGUUGAUAACUUGUAAAUGCUUAUACUGAAUGCCCAGAUCACUCAAAUAGUUCUGUCAAUUAAUUUACUUCAAUACUAGAAUUAUUGGUACCCCUUUUGAGUAUUUAAGACUUAUAGCUGAGGUAUUUCCCCUGUGUGCGAUUACCUCCCCCUCCUCCUUGUGCCCACAACCCUACUUCUUUUAGGGUAAACAUGAAUAUAUAAUCUUCCUUUCCUUACGUGGCCAUCACUUUUUCCUUUUGGACUAAAAUUAUAUUCUUCUUUGUCAGUACAUGACUUCUCAUCAGAAUUUUUUUUUUUUUUGUGUAAAAAGUCCCUUUCUAAAGAGGCCUUUAACCUUGGAAACACAGACAUAAGGAAGCACAGUUUUUUCCCUGACUAUMUUUCAUCACUGUUGCCUUUCAUUGUCUGUUUUGAACUCCAUGGUGUCCUUCAAGCUGUUAGUUUAUUCUUCUCACUGGUGUGUUUAACAACACUGCUGGAAAAUUCUGGUGUGCAAAUCUUGUUCUCCAUCAGACCAAUUGAUAUUGGUGCAGUUUGUACAACCUGUCAGCCUUACUGUGGUGACACAUUGGGUUACCAAGGUCCUGUGAAGUGAGUUUAUCCAAGAAGUACUAGUCAAGAGGAGGAAUGGCCUUGGUAAAUUUAAGUAAAAGGAAGUAAUUCAUGUGAAAACUCAAGUUUUUGGUGUGGUAAGGUAUUGGAUAUGCUUGUUUACUCUCAUGGUUUAAAGACAAGAGCAAAUUAUAAAGGGCAAAGUUUGUUUCAGGAUAGAAGUUCAGAUUUUUUCAAAGCCUUUGRUAGCUGACUAAAGCUUACAAAUACUCUAUUGUUACUCAUACCAAACAAAAUCUUAAAAUUGGGUAACUUCUUGAUUAAAUAAAACUUUGUUCUAAACCCCAGUGGCACUGUAAUCUCUUGUUUGGGGCAGUCCUUCCUGUAGUUUGCAGUGGAGGUUGACCAUGUCUGAYCUGUCUGUGUUUGAGGUGACUGUGCGUUCCUUGUUUUCAUGUUUUGCAUAAUUUGUUGUGUUCCAAGAUUGCUGAGCUGCUGAAAUUGGCAACAAUCUCCUGUCAUCUUCCAUACCAGGUUUGAAUCAUGGUAGUGGAGUAGAAGGCAUUUUUUCAGACUUUAAAGGAAAUGCAGGGCUCAUGUGGAACAGUCUUACAGAUGAUUUUUCCUUUCUCUUUAUGGCUGCAGUUGGCAAACUGAUUGUUUCCAAUAGUUGUGAAAGAUAGGAAAAGCCAAGACUUUUGAUCUUGUGCAAGGUAGAUGUUCUGUUAGCCAAACACAGGAUAUUUUUGAAAGGGGUUCUCAACAGUGAGAAAGCACACCAUYCCAGAUGGAAUGUGUUGGAUUAGACCAGACUUUGUUUCUUAGAGACCUUCAUGGGAAGGAAAAUGUGUGAAAUGUUUGCACAGGCUGAUUCAAAGGAGGUGCUUCACCCAAGUGAAGGGCUCAGACCCUGGGAAAGGCAUUGUUUGAUUUGCUUAUUUUUAAGUGAUUUUUUGCAGUUGGUCUGAUCUGUAGAGAUUGUGCAAUUAGGGAACCAGUCAGCCUGGGGAGAGGUGGAGGAGACUGUUCAAAAAAUGGUUUAUAAACAAGAAAGCACCUUUGUAGCUGAUCGGUUUGUUACGCAUUAUGUGUUGGGUGUUCUCUGUAUUUAAUAGUGUAGGURGUGAUCUGCACCAAAUUCUUUAAUAAUAGGUUUAUUACUAUUGGGAAAUGUCUGGGAUGGCCCUGAAGACCACUGAGAUCUUAGAUGGCAGACUUCACCAGAUAAACCAAAUUUUUUUGUUCAAGGUUUCAAACUGUUUCUGCAGCUUUCUGAAGUUGUCAAGCUGCUAUCACGGUUUCCMUGUGGUGUGGAAUUUAGUUCAUUGAUUUCCAGAUAUCUUUGAUUUGAUUUUUAUAGAGAGAUGACAAAGAGGGAAACUUCAUGGCAAUGAAGAGGAAAGAAAAGCACAUUACUUGAAAUCUAGCAAAAUUGACACAAAAUGCUGAAAUAACUUUAGGUCCUGCACCAGCCUAUUUUUGUGGCAUUGCAACUGUGUUUUUCCUCUGUUAAUUGGUUUUGGUAUUGUUUUCCUACAUGGAGACCCAUGCAAAACACAAGAUGGAGACCUUGGAAGAGAAACAUGAAAAGUAUCAUAUAAAAUGCCAUAAAAUACAGUGUAAACCAGAAAAAAAGUAUAUGUUUCUAAGUUUUUGGUAGUAUUCUUAAGUGUUAUCAGAAAAUAAGUGUCCAGUCUUCAGUGUGUGAAAUAUUUUUUUUUUUUUUUGCAGCAAGUUGCCAUUUGGUAUCUCUGUGUGGUAGUUAAAGUUGCUGCUUUGUACACAAGUGCUUUGAAUAGUCUCAGCACUGAGAAUGUACCCAAUCUUUCUAAGGUGUGACUUCAAGUUAGAGCCAUCGGUUCUGUCUAUGCCUCUUCAUCCAAAACCCUUUGAACACUUGCAGACACAGGGCCACAGCAAAUUAGGAAUAUAUUCCAUUUUGUGUCAUUUUCUUUGUUACUGCAUAUUUUUUCAGUGUUCUUUUAAACAUUAGUCCACUUGUGUCCUGUGAGUAAACUAAGCUCAAUUUAUAAAAGAGCCUUUGUCAUUCUCUAGCACUGUCAUCCCUYAAAAGAGUCCCCAUGUCCCUUGUAUCUUGUGGCGUUUAGGUGCAUCAUUUAUCCRUUGGAGUGAAUUGUAUUUCUUUUGAGCUAAAUGUGAUUGAAACUAUUCUAAGGCCUUCUACCACUGAUUAAAUGAAGUAAUGUACCUUUCAAAGAGAUUUAUAUUGUGUAAAUAAUUUCAAACUGCAACAAUAAAGUUGGUUUCUAACUGCACUAYGUUAGCAUAUACUGUGAUGAUUUUGCUUU